AUGCGUGAUACCGGCGCCUGUCUUGGAGCUCAGGCAGCUCAGCAACUAUUCAUCGGUGUGGAGACCCUUUCCCUGCGUUGCGAACGACAGCAUCAAAAUGCACAGGUCGUGGGCGCUUGGCUUCGUGCUCACCCACGGGUUGCCUGGGUAAAAUAUCUUGGCUUUGCCGACCACCCUUAUCACAAGCUUGCCCGCAAGUACCUGCAAAACGGGUUCGGUACCGUCAUGACUUUUGGUUUGAAAGGGAGUAUCGACAAGGCUUGGGAGGUAGUGGAUGCGCUUAGACUGAUAGCGAACACGCCUAAUGUUGGAGAUGCCAAAACCACGGUUGGCCAUCAUUGGUCAACAACACACAAAGGCUGCUCAGCAGAGGAAAAUGAGGCAAUGGGUGUAUAUGAGGACUUGUUCCGGCUAUCGCUUGGUAUCGAAAAUUCGGACGACCUCAUAGCCGAUUUUCAGCAUGCCUUUGACUCGGUUUCGCUCGAUUGA